GUGAGAGUGAAACAGAGAAGCUGUCACAGCUCUACUUCACACACACACACACACGCGCGCGGGCAAACACACACACACAUUACUGAGGACUAAGGGUUACCUGCACAUAGAAAGACACGGAGAGACUUCGUGGAUCCUCUGCCAGCUGAGAUGGCGUCCUCAAACAGGCCGCUGACGUCUUUCUUCAUUGAAGACAUCCUGUCUAUGAGAGAGGAAAAGGGGGACGAGACGAUCGGAAGUUCAGCUGAAGGCCAGAGCGACUCACGGUGUUGUAAAGUGAGAGGAGAAUCCCACGACCCUCUCUUGAUCGAGGAGUUCUCCCGGAGCCCUGCUUCGCCCGACGACUCGUGCACGACGGAAAGGACGAGCUCGCCGACAGACGCGACGGCCGACGCCGACGAGCCGAGCCACGCGCAGACUCUGGCGCAGAAGCAGAAGCGCUCGCGCGCCGCCUUCACGCACCUGCAAGUGCUCGAGCUGGAGAAGCAGUUCAGCCGCCAGCGCUACCUCUCCGCGCCCGAGCGCGCGCACCUGGCCUCCGCGCUGCGCCUCACCGAGACCCAGGUGAAGAUCUGGUUCCAGAACCGGCGGUACAAAACCAAGCGGAGGCAGCAGCUGGACUGUUGCCGCAAGUCGGGAGGAAAUGUCGUGGGGGGAGCAGCAGCCGCCGCAGUCGCGGCCGAGGAGGACUUUCUCAGAGCGUCGCUGCUCGCCACGGUGUACGCGUGCUACCCAAGUCGGCCGCGCGUGUACGAUCCACACGGACUGGGCGCGUGGAGGCCCACUGUGUGGUGACAGGACACCGGGGGGAGGGGGGCUGGCUUUCAGUCAGAAACUGUCCAUGCAGCUAAUGUGUUUUAUUCUAUCUUGUACAGCUUUUUUAUCCAUAAAUAAAAUUAUGUUUUUAUUAA